AUUCUGUCUCUGCACUAACGUGGGGCGUCCUGCCAAUAUAGUUGCCGGCGAACGGUCCUGCCAAGCACACACCACUGUGAUUUUGUCAUCAGGUGUUUUUGAAAUGUCUCGCGUUCACCGAGUUUCUAUACUCGUCCUUUUAUUGAGCGGUUUUACAAUCGGAUGGAAAUACCACGAUGAAGAACAUUGGCCAUCAUUAUGUAAAAGUGGCAAAAUGCAGUCGCCUAUUGAUUUGGAAACUAACGAGGCUACGCCAGUAUUUUACACACCCUUCGUUUGGGAGAACUACUUCACCCAGGCCCAAGCUCGCGUAAAAAACAAUGGUCAUUCAGCGGAGGUCCGAUUGAAAUUGGACGCAGAAAACGUUCCGGAAGUCAAAGGGGGCAACCUUCCCAACGUCUACGUCUUGGAUCAUUUGCAUUUCCACUGGCACUCGGAGCACACAGUCGACGGUUCCAGUUAUCCGCUGGAAUUGCAUUUGGUCCACCAUGCCAAACAAUACGGCAAUUUGACUGAGGCUUUGAAAGAUCCACAGGGCGUUGCUGUUUUCGGCGUACUGUUCGACAUAUCUCCAGACGAUGACAACCUGCUCAAACCACUGAUUUCAGUAAUGAAAUCUGUAAAAUCUAAUAACGAUCUCAGGGAAAUGGAUAACUUCAACGUUCUUUAUUUCUUGCCGAGAGACACCGCAGGAUAUUUCAGAUACGAUGGAUCGUUAACUACGCCAGGCUGUAAUGAAGGUAUUUUAUGGACCGUUUUUACCAACACUCUUCCUAUUUCCAAACAGCAGGUGGAGGCGUUUGCUGAAAUCAACGAUAGCGAGGGCAAAAAUCUACAGGAAAACUUCAGGUCGUUGCAGGAACCAAACGACAGAAAAAUAUUAAUUAAAAUUAGUCCGGUGAGAUCCAGGAGUUCGGGCUCAAUGAUGAACACUGCGUCUGUCAUAGUGCUAAUUGGUUCCGUUUAUUUAUUUGCCAUUAUGUACUAGUCUUGUUUUGUGAUAUUGAGGGAUCUGACCAAUUGCUCUAAUAAUAUUUAAUGUCAACUGAGACAAUUUUUCACCCGGACAAACUUAUAGUAUUUAUAUUACAUUAAGAAGUCUUAGUUUCCAUUAUUUUUGUUAAUUUACUUACGCUUUGUAAAUUUUGAAUUAUAUAAAAUUAUGUAUUAAGUGCCAUGUAACAAACCAAAAAUGUUUAUAGACUUAAAUGAAAAAUACAAAUACAAUUUAAAUGUGGUUUCAAGCAGUACUAGUUACAUUUUUUAGUUCUGAAACCUUAGGAUACUUGCGUUCUGAACUGAUAUUUUUAUUUAAGGAGAAAUAUAUUGUAUAACAUACAAAGGCUUAUUUA